GCUCCUCUCCUCCGAAAGACCCUGCGGGGGGCUCGGCGUCGGACCCUAGCUCCUGCCCGGCAUGAACCGCUACCUCCUGCCGCUGUCCGUGCUGGGCACGGCGGUGGGUGGCGCGGUGCUGCUCCGAGACUACGUUGCAGGCGGGGCCUGUCCCAGCAAGGCCACCAUUCCCGGGAAGACCGUCAUUGUGACUGGCGCCAACACGGGCAUCGGGAAGCAGACAGCCAUGGAGCUGGCCAGGAGAGGAGGCAACGUCAUUCUGGCCUGUCGAGAUAUGGAGAAGUGUGAGGCGGCGGCAAAGGACAUUCGCGGGGAGACCCUUAAUCACUGCGUCAGGGCCCGGCACUUGGACUUGGCCUCCCUCAAGUCCAUCCGAGAGUUUGCCGCGAAGAUCACUGAAGAGGAGAAGCAGGUGCACGUUCUGGUCAACAACGCGGCUGUGAUGCGGUGCCCGCACUGGACCACGGAGGACGGCUUCGAGAUGCAGUUUGGCGUUAACUACUUGGGUCACUUUCUCUUGACAAACUUGCUGCUGGACAGACUGAAAGCCUCGGCCCCUUCACGGAUCAUCAACCUCUCGUCCUUGGCCCACAUCGCGGGACACGUGGACUUUGACGACUUGAACUGGGAGAAGAGGAAGUAUGACACCAGAGCGGCUUAUUGCCAGAGUAAGCUGGCCAUCAUCCUCUUUACCAAGGAGCUGAGCUGGCGGCUGCAGGGCACGGGUGUGACUGUCAACGCUGUGCACCCCGGUGUGGCCAGGACUGAGCUGGGCAGGCACACGGGCAUGCAUAGCUCCGCCUUCUCCAGCUUCACGCUCGGGCCCGUCUUCUGGUUGCUGGUCAAGAGCCCGGAGCUGGCAGCCCAGCCCAGCACGUACCUGGCUGUGGCGGAGGAACUGGAGGGUGUUUCUGGGAAGUACUUCGACGGACUCAAAGAGAAGGCUCCGGCCCCUGAAGCUGAGGAUGAGGAGACAGCCCAGAGACUUUGGGCUGAAAGUGCCCGCCUGGUGGGCUUGGAGGUGCCUGGUGCUUCCUCUGUGAGGGGGCAGCCCCUCCCCAAGUAACCUCGUGGAGCCUGCGG